AAACGAAUAUUUGAAAAACUGUUGCAGUUUGGUUUAAAACCAUUCAGUUUGACAGCUAGAAGUGCCGGAAUGGUUUGUGAUUGGCGGCGAAUGAUCUGCAGCGAGGCACUAUUGGCGUAGCGGCGGGGCGUGCGGGGUGCGCGGGCCUCCCGCCAUCGCCAACAAUGGCCGGCGGGAAACUCGUUAGCGAAUAGCUUUUAUCUCUUUCUAAUAUGCGCUACGCAGGUAGGAAUUAAUGAGACGGAGAGGUUUCCGUCCCGGCGCGUUACAUAAAUUCUAUCCCUCUCGCACUCGGUGCGUCCGAUUCGCCUUCCCGCUCUCAGAGCGCGGCGGCGGUAACGCUCGCCGCGACGGGGAAUUCAGAGUCGUAGAGCCUCAUACGCGGGUCAUAAACGAUCCGCGGCCAUACUAGAGGUGCACGCGCGCGAAUCGAUCCGAAUCGCCGGCGAUAAACGCAUCCUCCCGCGAGGCGUACGUCGCGCGCCGCGUCGCCGCCGAGCGAUGAGUUCCAAGUUCAUCAUCGAUAGCAUGCUCCCGAAGUACCACCAGCAGUUUCACCACCAGAACCUAUUCGCGGGUGCGGGGGCGUCGCCUAUAGAGGCGUCGCUGUCAUCUUCGUUGUCGUCGUCGCUGUCAUCGUCGUUGUCGUCGUCGCUGUCGUCUUCGCUGUCGGGCGCGGCGGCUCUGGGCGCGGGCUCGCCGGGAGCCGGCAGCCCGCAGCGGUCGUCGUCCUCGUCAUCGGCGUCGCCCGGCGCUCCUACCAGGAUGUACCCCUACGUAUCGCACCACCAGCAGUUUGGGGGCUCGGUGCCCUUCACCGGCGUCGGGGCGGACGACAAGAGUUGCCGGUACCCCGCGGCGGUGGGCGCCGACCCUAUGAUGAACUACGCGCUGACGCAGCAUAACGGUGGAGCGGCGGUGUCGGCGGCUUCUGCCAGCAUGGCGGCGGCGGCGCAGUUCUACCACCAGGCGGCUGCCUCCGCCGCCUCAGCCGCUUCAGCCGCCUCGGUGGACGCCAUGGGAGCUACCUGCGCGCAGCCCUCUGCCCAGCCGCUGCCUGACAUCCCGCGCUACCCGUGGAUGUCUAUCACUGAUUUUCCAUUUCCAGAUUGGAUGAGCCCCUUCGACCGCGUGGUCUGCGGUGAGUUUAAUGGUCCGAAUGGCUGCCCACGACGACGAGGCCGACAAACGUACACAAGGUUCCAGACAUUAGAACUGGAAAAGGAAUUCCAUUUCAACCACUACCUGACGCGUCGACGCAGGAUAGAGAUCGCGCACGCCUUGUGCCUCACAGAGAGGCAGAUCAAGAUUUGGUUCCAAAAUCGACGCAUGAAACUCAAGAAAGAGUUGCGCGCAGUGAAAGAGAUCAACGAGCAGGCGCGCAGGGAGCGCGAGGAACAGGACAGAAUGAAGCAACAGCAGCAAGAGAAGCAGGCGAAGCUGGAGGGGCAGCAUCACGGCCACCACGUGACCCACCAUCACGACCCAAUGAAGAUGCCCAUCGAUAAGGGCUCCAACGACCUUCUGAAAGUGAAUAAGGUGCCGACGUAAGCCGUCUGGCCAAAGCACUAGGCAAUCUUGACUGAUACUGUAUCAUAGUGUGAUUACCUGAAGUGUUGCGUCCACGUGGAGCAGCGCGCAACGGUUGUCGUUUCGUAUCCACUAGUUCUUUAUGUUUUGCGGCUGGUUUAAUUUGAGUGUCGUCUCGUUGUGGAGGCAUUUUGACUUCGUAUAAAUGUUCCUUUAGUGCGAAAGACUCGCCUCUGUGUUCGCUAGUGGACGGCUGGUGAUGUGCUUUAAGCAUUUAUUUUGUUGCCAUAACCACACUAUGUAUUGCAAUAAUAUUUUAUCUAAAAUAUACAAACGCGUUAGUGUCGCCCUAAGGAUUACGUAUAAAUUCCGAGUGGAUUUCGGUAUUGUUAGUUAAGAUUUUAAAUCUGUGAAUCUCAUAGUAUUUAUUGCUACCACUUACUCUAAUUCAUUACGUUAUAUUUUUUUUACUAUUAGAUUAUUAUUAUUAUAUUAUGUACAUUUUGAUGUAUAUUUUAUUAUUUGUCUGCUGUUAGCGGACCAGUUAUGUUUUGAAGGGUCACAUUUUUUAUGAUUGUAAAGUUUGUUGUAUUAUUGUCCGUUGAUUUCGAAAGAGUUGCUUUAUUAUUUUCAUCAGUGAUUUCCUUCCGACGUUAAUUUCAUAAAUUGUUGAUUCGCUUUACACAUUUUAGUUUUAAUUAUAAUUUUUUUUUGUAUCGAAACAUACAUGAAUGAGACAUUACAUAAUUAUUCCAUAAGAACGUUAAAUGUAUAUUUGUAACAAAAAUACGUAUCGAAGUACAAUCGCUGAUAAGUCUACGUUUUAAACAAAUCUUAAUUUUGUAUUUCUGUCUUCAGAACAAAUGGUAAAUAUUUAAAAUUACUCGAUAUUUUUUGAUAUCAAUUCUAGAUUAAUAGCACCAUGUCCAGUUAUACAUAUAAUGAUCGAAAAACUGCAAAUGGAUUUGAACAUAUUUGAUGCAUUUUGUGCAAAACGUGAACGGUGCGUCGUUCAAAAGUUCUUAAAACAUCCGAUGUUCAAAAAUUAUAUACGUAACAAUACAUAUAAUAAACAAUAAUGUGACUAAAUUUUAAAUUUUACAAGUAAUUUUAAACAUUGAGUAGUUUAAGUGUAAUAUACAUUAUAGGUAAUAUAAAAUGGACUUUGUAUGAAGUAUUUCCUAAGAAAUUAGUUACACUUUGUGUACCUUCGAAUAGUUUUAACUUGAUCAUUUGCUUGUAUCACCUCUAUCGUUUCAAUGCUUCGAAUCUUAUAGCUUUAUGAGACAAAUUCUAAGAAUAAACAAAUGCUUAUUUAUAAUAUUCUUUCUUAUAUUGUAAGUGCUACAAAUUAAAACUUUAACCUGUUGUCAUCAAAAUAUGUUUCUUAAUUUCAAGUCGAUGCCGCUCACACGACAUUUCUUUUCACUUUACAGAAUCGAUUGGUAAACGCGUCUGGAAUUUCAAUUCGCUUUCAAUGCAAUGUUGUGCCAAAAUAUGUUUAAAAAUAAUAAUUUAGCAUUAUAAAUGAAAAUUAUAAUUUAUAAACACUGGUAUUAAUAGUAUUGCGUCAGACUAAAGCAGUUCUUUGUGCAAGGUAUUUUCUUUUAUACGUAAUUUCUAAACAAAAAAAAUUAGUAUUCUAAUAUUAGUGUUGAUAGUCACCCAUUAUACGUAAAUUAAUGUCAGGGUAGAGUAAUUGGAAAAUUAAUUAAAACUCGUAUAUAAAAUUGGAAACUUCGCUUGAUUUUUAAUAAGACAAUCGCAAUAGACUUUCUGUCCAUUAUUUUACUCGCGUCAUACAAAACUAGCAUCGUAAUGUUUAUAAAAGUUAAUGUCGGGAUAUCAUAAGAGAGUGAAUAGAUUUAAGAGUGACAAUUUUUUAUUGUUGUCAUCAAAGUAAACAAAUUCUUUACAUUAAUAAUCCAUAAAGGUCCAGUCAUGAAGCGAGAGAGUGAAAGUAUGAGUAUAAAUUUAUAAGCGUGCUUAAUAUUUCAUCGGCAGUUAAUCAAAUCUUUGAAAUAGUUUUCAUCGCUAACUCAUUCAAACACGAAAAUUUUACAUAUUAUAAUUUUUUGUAAUACACAAUUUUUAUUCUAUCAACAACACAUUUCUCAAUUCUCUUUGAUUGGAAUGAAAAAAUAAAAUUAAAAAUAUAUUAUGUUUAUUUAUGAUGAUACGGUGUCACGUAACUUUACAUUGAAUGUAUCGGCUACCGUCUGGUAUGUGCAAUAAUAAAUUAGAUGUCUUCAUAAAGAAAAUCUACAUAAUGGUCGUAGAAUGCUUACGGAAUAAGGUUGUCUCUAGUAAUAAAUUAUUAAUCCCAUCUUAAUUUUUAAAUACGAAUCGAGAAUAAAGAUAAUCGAACAAAAUGUACUUAAGUAAUCGGUGUAAGUAGACUUUAUAAAUUAUAAUGCGUAGGUAAUAAAUAAACGUAGAGAAAAGUUAAGCGUGUUAAAUCCGAUAAAGUAUUUGUUUGGAAACGCUUAAUUAGUAUUGUUCGUGAUUAUUGUCUAUGGGAAAAUGAAUUGAAGAUGUUCAUGAAAUUAGAACACACACACUCUAUUGCAUUAAGGUGUAAUGUUAAAAUUUAUGUGUGUAUACGAAAUUUAAUUGUUAUUUGAAUUCAAUUAAUUAAUUUCGUUUUA